UUCCACCUCUCCUCUGGUAGGUUCCACAAUGGUACAGCCAGCAUCUUGCAGCACAAUGGUUGCAAGACGGUGAGCGGAGGGUGAUUCAGCAUCGCAAUCUCUGCUGCUUUUACCCCCCUUUAUUUUAAUCGGUGGUUCUUUAUUUUUCCCAUCUCCACGUACGUAUCUCUGUGAUACGAAGGUCUUGAAUCUCGCCCGUCGGAAUGUUUUGAACAGGACUGUCACCGGACUAGGAUUGUCGUCAGCUGGCACGGAAUGGUAUUUAUGAGCCGACAUUUCUUAUAUUACUGCAGUGAACCGAUCCUGGAUGUGAAGAUUGCCUUUUGUCAGGGGUUUGGUAAACAAGUGGAUGUGUCGUACAUUGCCAAGCAUUACAAUAUGAGCAAAAGCAAAGUGGACAACCAGUUCUACAGUGUGGAAGUUGGAGAUUCUACCUUCACAGUUCUCAAACGGUACCAGAAUCUAAAACCGAUUGGAUCUGGGGCUCAGGGAAUAGUCUGUGCUGGGUACGAUGCCGUCCUUGACAGAAACGUGGCCAUUAAGAAGCUGAGCAGACCCUUUCAGAACCAGACCCACGCCAAACGGGCUUACCGGGAGUUGGUGCUUAUGAAAUGUGUCAAUCACAAAAAUAUAAUCAGCUUAUUAAAUGUUUUUACGCCACAGAAAUCUUUAGAGGAAUUCCAGGAUGUGUACCUGGUUAUGGAGUUGAUGGAUGCCAACCUGUGCCAGGUGAUUCAGAUGGAGCUGGACCAUGAGCGAAUGUCUUACCUACUCUACCAGAUGCUGUGUGGUAUCAAGCACCUGCACUCUGCUGGCAUCAUUCACAGGGACCUGAAACCUAGCAAUAUAGUGGUCAAGUCUGAUUGUACCCUUAAAAUCCUGGACUUUGGGCUGGCCAGGACCGCAGGCACAAGCUUCAUGAUGACGCCCUACGUGGUGACGCGGUACUACAGGGCCCCAGAGGUUAUCCUGGGGAUGGGCUACAAGGAGAACGUGGAUAUAUGGUCAGUUGGAUGCAUUAUGGGAGAAAUGGUCCGCCACAAAAUCCUGUUCCCAGGAAGGGACUACAUCGACCAGUGGAACAAGGUGAUCGAGCAGCUGGGCACGCCCUCGCCGGAGUUCAUGAAGAAGCUGCAGCCCACGGUGCGCAACUACGUGGAGAAUCGGCCCAAGUACGCCGGCCUGACCUUCCCCAAGCUCUUCCCCGACUGCCUCUUCCCCGCAGACUCGGAGCACAACAAACUCAAAGCCAGCCAGGCCCGAGAUCUGUUGUCCAAGAUGUUGAUUAUUGAUCCUGCCAAGCGGAUAUCAGUGGACGAAGCCUUACAGCACCCCUACAUCAACGUGUGGUACGAUCCAGCCGAAGUGGAGGCGGCCAGAGAUCUCGUCCAAAUAUCAAUGCCCCCUCCGCAGAUCUAUGACAAGCAGCUGGACGAAAGGGAACACUCUAUCGACGAGUGGAAAGAGCUAAUCUACAAAGAAGUGAUGAACUUCGAGGAGAAAACGAAAAAUGGCGUGGUGAAGGGACAGCCUUCUCCUUCAGGUGCAGCCGUGAACAGCAGCGAGAGCCUCCCUCCGUCCUCCUCCGUCAACGACAUCUCCUCCAUGUCCACCGACCAGACCCUGGCCUCCGACACCGACAGCAGCCUGGAGACUUCUGCAGGACCCCUCGGGUGUUGCAGGUGACUAGCCGCCUGCCUGCGCAACCCCAUGUUCUUCAGAAGGUGAAGUGCAACGGAAAAAAAGAGAAAAAACGAAACAAAACAGGAAACAAAAUGAAAAAAAUAAAAUGAAUAAAAAG